AUGAGUCCUCCGUCAGAACCGCACAGACACCCUCGAGAUUUACGAUUCUGGCUUGUCUUUCUGGGCAUCGGUGUUGCUACCAUGAUCACCGCGCUCGAACUGGCGAGUGCAUCAUACUCACAUACGAGCCCCUCAGCUUACUCUGAUCUCCAUUCACAGUCUGCAGUUUCUGUUGCGUUACCGACUAUCGUACAAGAACUUCAUGGGUCGACAUUCAUUUGGAUAGGCUCCGCAUACACGCUCGCUGGAACAGCAUUCAUUCCCCUGGGCGGAGGGCUCGCGCAGAUCUUCGGAAGACGUAUUGUCAUCCUUGCAUCCUUGGCUAUCAUGGCUUUAGGAAGUGCUCUCUGUGGUUCAGCGAAAAACAUGACGUAUUUGAUUGCUGGACGUACUGUUCAGGGCCUCGGAGGAGGCGGUAUCUCUGCGACCACCGCCAUCAUCAUAUCCGACCUUGUACCCCUGCGUGAACGUGGACUCUUCAAUGGUUUGAUUGGGAUUGCCUGGGCAAUGUCAAGUGGAAUUGGACCAAUUGUUGGUGGUGCGCUCGCACAGAGCGGGCAAUGGCGGUGGUUGUUUUACCUGAACCUCCCCAUCUGUGGCAUUGCGGCAGUCAUCAUGAUCGUUUGUUUGCGUGUCAAGACACCACCAGGGACCUUGGGAGAGAAGGUCCGUCGGGUUGACUGGCGCGGAACCCUGCUCAUCAUCGCGGCCACGACAGCUUGCGUCAUAGGGCUGACCUGGAGUGGAAUCCAGUACUCGUGGGGCUCAGCAGCGGUGCUCGUGCCCCUCAUACUUGGCCUUGCUGGGAUCGUAGGAUUCAUGACAUUUGAGAGUAUCGUCCCGGACUAUCCCUUGGUUCCCCGCACACUGAUCUCCACCGUGACUGGUGUGAGUGGCUACAUGCAAACGUUCGUCAUGCCAAUCUUGAUGAUAGGAAUAAUCUAUUAUAUCCCUGUCUACCUGCAGGCGUGCAAGGGCGCCUCUGCUAUCCGUUCUGGAGUCGACGUCCUGUCGUUCUCGCUUGUUCUCGCGCCUGUCGGCCUGUCGGGCGGCGCAUUCACGAAUAGCACAGGGCGAUAUCGACCGCCUAUGUGGCUGGCCUGGGCCGCUCUCAUGCUUGGCAUCGGUCUGUUCCUUACCUUGAAGGCAGACUCUCCGCUCGGGCACGUCGUAGGAUUUCUAAUACCGUGCGCCUUCGGCUGUGGGAUCUUGUCGACUUCGACAUACUUCCCUGUACUGGCACCACUCCACGUUUCACAGAAUGGUCUCGCGUUGGCCUUCUUCAUGUUCCUACGUAACUUCGCUAUGGUAUGGGGAGUAACCAUCGGCGGAACCGUGCUUCAAAAUGAGCUUCAGAAACACCUACCCUCGAGCUUUGCGGCACAGUUUCCAGAGGGGUCCGCAAUUGCAUAUGCCACUAUUCCGAUUAUAUCCCAGCUCCCCGAACCUUUAAAGACCGAAGUCCGAACGGCAUUCGCAAGCAGCCUCAAAGUCGUGUGGGAAGUCCUCUUGGGGAUUGCUGGUCUGGGGUUGCUAUCAAGUCUUUUCAUGAAAGGUCUUCCUUUGCAUUCUACCGUUGACGAUGAAUGGGGGUUGGAGCAGGAGAGUGUGACCAACAGGGAAGCAACGUGA